AUGGCAGCUUAUUUGAAAAUGAGUCAUACGACGUUGGCUCGAUAUGUUAAAGAAGGGCUCAUUAGGCGUCAUUCAAAUGCCAUCAAGCCAAGAUUGAGGGAAAGCAAUAUGAGAGCUCGACUAGAGUUUUGUGUCUCCAUGCUCGAUAGUCGUUUCAUGCCCAAUCACCCGAAGUUUGUGGAUAUGUACAAUGUUGUACAUAUUGAUGAAAAAUGGUUUUAUAUGACCAAGCCGAAAGAGACUUAUUACCUUCUUCCGACUGAAGAAGAGCCGUAUCGUACAUGUCAGAGUAAAAACUAUAUUGGGAAGGUAAUGUUUUUGGCUGCCAUGGCUCGUCCAAGAUUUGAUGGAGAAGGAAAUGAGGUAUUUUCUGGAAAAAUAGGAGUGUUUCCAUUUGUUACAAUGCAACCAGCUAAGAGACGAAGUAGAAACAGAGAGGCGGGGACUUUGGAGUUAAAGCCGAUGACCUCUAUCAAAAGAGAAGAUAUCAAAGAGUUUUUACUUGGGAAAGUUCUCCCGAAAAUCCGUGAAAGAUGGCCACAAGAAGAUUUUGGAAAACCUAUUUUUAUUCAACAAGACAAUGCAAGAACUCACGUUGAUCCGAGAGAUGAGGACUUCCGAGCAGCUGGUUCUCGUUACGGUUUUGAUAUUCGUUUGAUGUGUCAGCCACCAAAUUCGCCGGACUUGAAUAUUUUAGACCUUGGGUUUUUUAAUGCCAUCCAAACACUACAACAUGUGGUGAGUCCGAAGACGACAGAAGAACUUGUUGUCGCCGUACAACAAUCUUUUGAUGAAUACCCAUCAACGCAGGUGAACCGAAUUUUUUUAACUUUGAAAUCAUGCAUGCAAGAGAUUAUGAAAGUCCGAGGCUCGAACAAAUAUAAAAUCCCACAUUUGAAGAAAUCUACCUUGGAGAGAGAAGGCAAUCUACCUUCACAAAUGGCUUGUGAUUCUGUUCUAGUACGAGAUGCAAUAACUUACUUGGCAACUUAG